GUUUCUUAAAGCCUCUUGCAGCGUAUCUAUAGAGCACAGUUGUGUAAUAUGUGGAGAAUGAAGAAGAGAAGAAGAGAAAGGAAUAACUAAUGAUGAUCUGUCAAAGGUAAGACCCUGUGGGUGGAGCUCAGUAUUAGGUUUGGGGUAUUUAUUGGAGAGGACAAAGUGAAGGAGACACCGUUGCAAUGGCUCUCUACCAGUUUCUCUGGGGUUCGACCUUGAUGAUCAUUCUCUUAUCCAGAGGAUGUAAUUCAAAGCUGGCAGUAUGUGGACAGGCUGUUUUCAACACCAGAAUUGUUGGAGGUCAAGAUGCACCUCCAGGAAAUUGGCCCUGGCAGGUCAGUUUGCAGGAUGAUGGUCGUCACUUCUGUGGAGGGUCCCUGAUCACCAACCAAUGGGUUCUGACAGCCGCUCACUGCCUGAAGGAAACUGACCUUGGAACUGUAGUGCAUUUGGGCCUCCAGAGCCUGUCGGGUCCAAACUCAAACGCAGUGUCACGGAAUCUGAGUAUGAUCAAAUGCCAUCAUUUAUACGGCCUAACCAACCUCAACCGCUACGACAACGACAUAUGUCUCCUGCGGCUGUUGGAGCCUGUGACUUUUACAGACUACAUACAACCGAUCUGCUUGGCCUCAGAAAACAGCACUUUCAACACUGGGGUUAAAAGCUGGGUCACUGGUUUUGGCAUUACGGAUAAUAGUUCACUUGCUGACAUCCUACAGGAGGUAGCGGUACCGAUAGUAGGAAACAAUGAGUGCAGAUGCAACUAUGGUGAUCUUACCCAGAACAUGAUGUGUGCUGGGGUCCAAGCUGGAGGGAAGGAUUCGUGCCAGGGAGACUCAGGGGGGCCACUGGUGACCAAACAGGGGUCUGCGUGGAUCCAGGGUGGAGUUGUGAGUUAUGGUGAAGGCUGUGGCCUACCUAUGAUUCCUGGAGUUUAUACCCGCGUGUCCGAGUACCAGGAUUGGAUCAACAGCAUUAUCACUGGCAGCAGCCUUCCCAGCUUCGUUGACUACAUCUCUACAGUAGUUGAUAUUGACAAGUUCUUUCAAUGUCAAACAACAACAACAACACCACCACCACCACCAACACCACGCCCCCGAACCACCUCAACAACUGGUGGUAACAGUGUGUUUGACAGUGGUGAAAGCAUGAUCCACUUCUUCCCCUCCCCCUUACUCUGUCUUCUAGUUAUUUCGCUCUACGUCCUGAGGGAAGCAUAAACUGGAAAUGUCAAACUACAGUUUAGGGUUUCCGUACCCAAAUGUCUCAUUAACUGUGUUUGAUAUGAGCUCUCUUCUUUCAGUGUAAAAAAAAUGAAAAGUAGAAUUACAGAGCAAAAACAUUUUAGGAAUUGAAUCGCAAUAAAAUGUUGUAAUAUUCACAGA